AUGGGUAAGAAGGUGAAAUUAAGAGGAGGGUUUAGAGGGAAGAAAGGAAAAGGGAAGAAGUUGUCGCUGCAGGAGAGGUACGAUGCAGCAAUAGAGCUGCAGCAGCAGCAGCAGAAGCAGCAAAAGAAGCAAAAAAAGCAGCAAAAAAAGCAGCAAAAAGAGCAGCAAAAAUUAGACAGAAAAAGAUUACGUCGUCAUCUUAAGUUGCUGCAGCAGCAGCAGCAGCAGGAGCAGCAGCAACAAAAGAAGCAAAGAAGAGCAGCAAUUGCUGCAGCAAGACAGCAACCACAAGCUAAACUGCAGCGGCUGCUGCAGCUGCUCUCCCCAUUAGACACAAAAGAAGCAGCAAAAGCUGCUGCUGCUGCUGCUGCUGCUGCUGCAUUCCUCCCUCCUUCUGCUGCAGCAAGAGGUGUCCUUAGUGACGACAGCGAAGCAGAAGACAGCAGCAGCAACAGCAGCAACGACAGCAGCACAGCAGAGACAGAGAACGAGGACGAACAGCAGCAGGAGCAGCAGCAGCAGGACUCUGCUGCUGCUGCUGCUGCUGAUUCGGAGGAGGAAGAAGAAGAGGAAGAAGAAGAAGAGGAAGAAGAAGAAGAGGAAGAAGAGGAGGAGGAGGAGGAGGAGGAGGAAGAAGAAGAAGACAGUGAUGCUGUUGCUGCUGCUGCUGCAGCAGAAGAGGAAGACACAGAUGGAGAGACGGAGGAAUGCGAAGACACUGCUGAAUCCCCUGCUGCUGCUGCUGCUGCAUCUCCUGCUGCCGCUGCAGCAGCAGCAGCAGCAGCAGCUGAGAGAGGGAAGCCUGUAAAGUUUUCUUUGGAGGCCUUUGGUCUUGCUGCUGCUGCAGCACGCCUUAAGGCCACAGUAGCAGCAGCAGCAGCAGCAUCUGCUGCAGCAGCAGCUGCUGCUGUAGAGGACAAUUCAGAGGAGCACAGUAAAGCAGCAGCAGCAGCAGCAGAAGCAGAAGCAGCUGCAGCAGCUGCUGCUGCUGCACUGCCACCAUUUGAUUACUCUUGUACCUUUGAUGAGCAGCUAGAUGAUGCUGCUGCUGCAGCACGGCGUCUCUUUAUAGACGCAAGGUGCAGCAGCAGCAGCAGCAACAGCAGCAGCAGCAGCAGUACAAGAAGCAAGAGGAAAGCUGGUGACAGCAGCAGCAGCAGCAGCAGCAGCAGCAAUGGGCCAAUGAGCUUCUUAGAUGCAUGCGUAGAGAGUGUUGCUGGUACGGCAUUCUGUCCAGUAACAGGAUCCUAUUUGCUGCAGCAGCAAGAUCAGCAGCAGCAGCAGCAGCAGCAGCAGCAGCAGCAGCUAGAGGAAGUAUCGUUAUGUAUACCUGGUUGUCUUCCCUUCAAGACACGCGUGUCUUGUAUAACCCCUAAUCCUUCUCUUGCUUAUCCGUCAUCUGUUGCUGCUGCUCUCUGCUGCAGCAGCAGCAGCAGCAGGAGCAGCAACAGCAGCAACAGGAAGAAUAAGACCUUCUUAGAAGGCGUGCUGCAGCAGCAGCAGCCAGCCGACCCCCUUGGGGUGUAUGGGCAGCUCGGGUCUUUUUUUGUUGAUUUUUAUGGUAAUCCUCUUUGUAUAACAAAAGGAAUAAAAGAAAUAAUUAAUAAAUAUAAAUUACCUAUUAAUCUUAUUGAUUAUCCUCCUCUUAGGCCUACAUGCAGCAGCAGCAGCAGCAGCAGCAGCAGCAACAGUAACAGCAGCAGCAGCAAGAGAGAAGGAGAAAGCAGCAGUAACAGCAGCGAAGGAUGUAACAAAGGGAAGAAUACAAGCAGCGAUGCCAACAGCAGCAACAGCAGCAACAGCAACAGCAGCAACAGCAGCAGCAACAGCAGCAGCAGCAGCAGCAGCAGCAGCAGCGGUAGUGAAUUACCUGAAUGUGUGCAGCAAUUAUACCAUUUGCUGCAUAGUUAUGCUGAUUGUAUAUACUGCAACGAGAACAUAUUUGCUGCUGCUGCUGUUCGUGCUGCUGCUGCUGCGCAUGCAUUAUCUCAUUGUAUUAAGGUAAGAGCAAGAGCAGCAGCAGCAGCAGCACUUGCUGCUGCACUUGAGGAUACAGAUGAGCAGCAACGGCUGCUGCUGCUGCAGCAAGCAGCAGCAAAAGGUUCCUUUGAUGAUAUAUUCAUAAGGCAUGCACAGAUGAAGGAGCAGCAGAAGCAGCAGCAAUUGCUGCAGCAGCAAGAGCAGCAGCAGAAGCAGCAGCAAAGACAGCAGCAAAAGCUGCAGCAAAAACUACAGAAAAAGCAGCAGCAAAAGAGGCAGCAAGAAGAAGAAGAGCAGCAGCAGCAACAGGAACAAGAGCAGCAGCAGCAAGAACAGGAAGCAGCAGCAACGCCAAAUGAGGCUCCUGCUGCUGCUCCUGCUGCUCCUGCUGCUGCUGCUCCUGCUGCUGCUGAAGGGGAAUCAGAAGGUGCUGCAGUUCCAUCAGCAGCAGCAGAAGCAACACCUGCAGCAGCAGCAACAGCAGCAGAAGCACCACCUGCUGCUGCAGCAGCAGAAGCAGCACCUACAUCACCUGAAGGAGCAGCAGCAGCAACAGAACCAUCAGCAGCAGCACCAGAAGCAGCAGCAGCAGUACCCGAAGCAGCAGCAACAGCAGCAGCAGCAGGAGGAGCAGCAGCAGGAGAAUUAGAUGAUAAGACAGCAGCAGCAAUAGCAGAUUGGGAUGCAAGGUAA